CGCGGUCGUGCAGCCGGAACACAUGGAAAUCACAAUCGAAGUGUACAAAUGAGCAAUAUCUAUGUGACGGAACCUGCCACAAACGGUAAAGUCAUUCUUAAGACUACCGUAGGUGAAAUCGAAAUUGAGCUAUGGUCAAAGGAAGCUCCGAAGGCAUGUCGGAAUUUUGUGCAGUUAUGUAUGGAACGAUACUAUGACGAUACAGCCUUCCACCGGCUAGUUCGUGGAUUCAUUGUUCAAGGUGGUGACCCUACUGGCACUGGCGAGGGCGGCGAAAGUGUUUACGGUAAACCGUUCAAGACCGAAAUACAUUCACGCCUGUCGUUCAAUCGUCGGGGACUUGUGGGAAUGGCCUGUCUGGCUGAGAACAUGAACGCCAGUCAAUUCUUCUUCACUCUAGGCCCAGCUACGGAGUUGACCGGUAAACAUACAUUGUUUGGCAAGGUAGCAGGUGACACACUUUUCAACAUGCUUCGCCUUGGAGAGGGAGAUGUUGGCCCAGAUGAGAGACCUUAUCGAUUACAUCGCAUUGUAAAUACCACAGUUGUUCUCAAUCCGUAUGACGACAUUGUUCCGAGGCAACUUCCACCACGUACUAAACCAAAGGAACUCGAAAGCGACGCAGCGCAAGUCACAGCUAAAGCAACAAAAAAUUUUUCUUUGCUUUCAUUUGGAGAAGAGGCUGAAGAGGAGGAACAUGUAACGUCUGUUGUUUCUGAGAAAUUGCGCAAGAAAGGGAAGAGUGCUCAUGACCUCCUUUCUGAUCCUCGUCUCAGUUCCCAACCAGUCACAAUCACCGACAAAGACACGGAACUUGUCAGUCAGGCCACAGCCGAAGCCGAUAAAGAGGCACAGGAACGGCGGCGGCGGCGACAGUUGGCGAUGGCAGAAAGCCUCGAGACUGAGGAAGAGAAGCAAAGGCGAAUCCUGGCUCUGCAGCAGGAAGCUGAGGAGCUGCGUCGUGCGAUUCUCCAAUCCAAGCGUCUUGAAAUGGAAUUGAAGAACAAGGAAGUCGCUGAUGCUGAACGUCGCAAACGGGAAGCCCAAGAACAGGAAGAAGCAGAAGCAGAAGCCUUGGCCCGAUGGGAGGAGAAAGAAUUGCUUGGUGAAGAAAAUUCGCUAACGAAAGAGGUCGUUAUUGAUCCCGAAACGUUUUCUGCGGACUUUGCUGGCUACAAAGCCAAAGCGAAGAAAGCUAAGAAGGGCGCGGAUCGUGAAGCAUCCACAAUGGCACUGUUGGAAAGGUUUACUUCUCGACUUCAUUCGGUUGUCCACGCAGAUAGUCAGUCCUUGCCAGACGAUGAGAAGCAGAAAAAGGUGGCGAUUAUGGAUAGUUGGAUGGCCAGUCGCCUUGUUUCGGAAGAACCCGUGCCAGCGAAACAAGUCCUUGAUCCAACAAUGCCACAUCCGGACCGCUAUGACUUGUACGAUCCGCGGAACCCAUUAAAUGUGCGCAAGCGUGGAGGAGACAUUUCUUUGGACGGCAACGCAGAUCACAUGAAACGAAAGCACAAACAUUGAUGAUAUGUUAUUGAUGCCUGUACAUAGAUUUUUCAUCCAAUAUUUCGCAUUUCCUCGAUCCAUCUAUCUAAGAAUUUCCGAUGGUUUCUGUACGGGUGUUAGAUGGUGAGCUAUAGGAUCAGAAUGUUACAUUAACUC